CCUUCUAGCUAGUAAGCGCGAUUGCUCUGCCGAGGAAAACAUUGCCAGACUUAUAUUCUCAUGUGCUCGUCUCGAAUCUAUUUUCCUUUUAUCCUUUCAUUCGCUGGGUGUCCUGUGUCGACUCUGGCCUCGCCACCUCUUCCUCUCGUUUCAGGGCAGCGGCAGCAUGCUCUCCAUACUCGGCUGGUUUUGGGCUUUUGUCUCUGCAUUUGUGUUACGUUACCUGCGAACAAUCGUUAAUUGCAUCUCAAACUGGACUUACCGGCCCAUACCGAUCCCCGAUAAUCCCACGUACGGUCCACAGGAUGUCACCAUCAUCCUGCCCACCAUCGCUCAAGGUGGCGAAGAACUUGAGGGCACUCUCAGGACCUGUCUCCGAACCGAGCCUUAUGAGAUCAUUCUGGUCACCAUCGAUGCCAAUGUCAAGAAUCUUACCUUGUUGGCGAAGAAGAUCAACAGCAAGAAGAUUCGGGUGUUGAGCGUGCGAGAGGCAAACAAGCGCCGCCAGAUGUGCCGGGCGAUUCCUGAGGUAUCCACUAGAAUCACGAUUUUCGUUGACGAUGAUGUUAUCUGGCCCGUCAAGCUGCUGCCGUGGAUACUGGCUCCUUUCGAGAAUCCGCAGAUGGGAGGCGUAGGCACGUCGCAGAGGCGGGUGCGGCCGGAAAAAAUGAAUGCGUGGGUGUUUUUGAACAUGGGCUACUUGGAGCGACGCAAUUGGGACUGCUCGGCUUGUCUGCAUAUCGAUGGUGGACUUCCGUGUCUGUCAGGGCGAACUGCGGCAUAUCGGACCAGCAUUCUACAGGACGAUGCCUUCACACACGGUUUCACCAACGAGACGUGGCGGACCAUGCAGCUGAACGCCGAUGAUGAUAACUUCAUCACACGAUGGCUGUACUCGCACAACUGGAAGAUUGGGAUGCAGUACCACAAAGAAGCGGAGGUACUGACGACGCUGGAGGCCGGUCCCAAAUACCUCAGCCAAUGCCUGAGAUGGGUUCGCAGCAACUGGCGGAGCAACAUUAAGAGCAUGUUUGUUGAGCGUCACUACUGGUAUACCCAACUAUGGACAACGUACUCCUGCCUGCAGACUACUAUCACCGCUUGGGCAUUACCAUGGGAUGCGUUCCUCUUUUAUUCUUUGCACAAGGCAUCGACAGACUGGUCAGACGAUUCGCGCAAAAUGGCGUUCACUCUUCUGUUCCUGUGGAUUUUCGGAUUCACAAAGAACGUCAAGCUUUGGGGCCAUUACUUUCGCUAUCCAGUAGAUGUCAUCUACAUACCGGUUCACAUAGCCUUUGGCUAUUUUCAUGGCCUCAUCAAGUUCUGGGGACUUGUCACUCUGAGUGAGACUACCUGGGGAAGCAGAGAUGGUGCGGACUCUUCAGAGCUGAACCGUAUCCGUAUGAUGCCGUUGCCACCAUACGGCUCAACGACUCCCGACGGCCGCAAGUCCGAGACUUUCGAAUAUAUGCAGGAAAUGCCGCUCAUUGACCAGCUGCCGGCCUACGACACCCACGAUAGGCACCCGCCGCUCUCUAACAUGACCUCCACGAUUACCACCACGACUCCUUUUCACGACUGAUACGACCUGCUCUGGUUUGCAUACUCAUGCGCUUUUUUUUCUGCGAAAAUCAAGCCCCUGCCUGUUUCUGCUUCUUGCAUCAGUGCGUAGCUGUUGCCAUCACAUGGAAGAAUCCUCCUCCUGAACUACGGAGCGAAGCUCUGGUCCUGUUGAUGGACACAGGCCGUGCUGGCCCACACAAAAGUUUUGGGUGGAGGUCAGCAGACAUUUUUGGGUGUAGCAUUUGUUUCUCUUCUACGGCGACAUAGCGACAAAGGGGAGAAGGUAUGGGUUGAAACUCCCGGGG